GCUGACAUGGUCAACAGCCGCGGCAUCGUAGGAGCCAUCGCUGCUCUGUCCGUGGUCCACGCCUGCACGAUCGUGGCUGUGACGAAGGAAGCGUCCGCCGACAAGACGCCACUGACAGCUCACACUGACGAUGCUGGCUCGGGGGCAGCGGACCUUCGCCUCGUGUAUGUGCCAGCCGCCGAUUACGAGAACGGAACGGAGCGCGCGGUGUACUCUUUCAAACCUGGCUACCCUCGUGUCACCACCUGGCAACGCGGGCCACACUACGAACCCAAAGCCGGUGAAACCUUAUCUGAACCCCUUGGGUACAUUCCCCAAGUCGCCCACACGUAUGCGUACUUCGACCAAGACUACGGCAUGAUGAACGAAGUCCAACUGAGCAUUGCAGAAAGUACAUGUGCUGCCAAGACAGUCGGGUGGCCCAGCGACGUUCCGUAUGGCUACAACCUGUUUGGCAUUGCCGAACUCACCAAGCUUGCACUGGAACGGUGUGACAGCGCCCGUUGCGCCAUCACAACGAUGGGCGACGCUGCAGUCAAGUAUGGAUUCUUCAGCGAAGACAGCGGGUCCCCGCACGAGCCAGGAUACAGCGACACCGCGGAGGCGUUGGCGAUCUCGGACAAAUACGGCGAAACCUGGAUUUUCCACGUGAUGACAGGGCCGAUGAAUGCCAGCGCUGUGUGGGCUGCGCAGCGCGUACCUCCCGGUCACGUCGCUGCGGUGGCCAACGGGUUCAUCAUCCGCCAGCUCAACUUGACGGACUCGGCAAACUACAUGGCAUCAUCGAACGUCGAGUCGUUUGCGUUGUCGAUGGGGUGGUGGGACCCGUCGGCGGGCCCGUUUGACUUCACAGCGGCGUACAACUACCACGCCCCGGACGGUCUCCGCUGCCCUUGCUUCGCCCAACCCACAACCUCCUCACUUUCCACGUGGCGUGUAGGUGCUAUUGGCCCGCUCUAUGUUGGACGGCGCAUUUGGCGCAUCUUGGAUUGGUAUGCCCCGUCGCUCAAGCUGAACGCGACGCUGGGCGAGUCGACCUUGCCAACGUAUCCAUUCUCGGUGCUGGCGGACAAACCCGUCACGCUCGACAGCUUGUUUACUCUGCUCAAGGACCAUUACGAAGGCACGCCGUUUGACAUGACAAAAGGAUUGGCAGCCGGGCCAUUUGGAAACCCAGUGCGGUUCGACGGCCCAACGUAUGGCAUCGAUGGCGGGUGGGAGCGGUCGAUAUCAAUGUACCGCACCAUGUUUAGCUUUGUCUUGCAAACCAACGGGAACCUGCCCGAUCACUUGGGAGGCACUGCGUGGUAUGGCCAAGGGUCCCCCCAUGGAACGGUGUACAUACCGUUCUCCUGCCGCCAAACGGCCGUGCCGACUUCGUAUCUCGUGGGCAAGCAGAGUGAGUUCCAUCCCGAGUCUUCGUGGUGGGUAUUCGACUUUGUCAACAACUGGAGCCUCUUGCGAUUCAACGCAAUCAACGCAGAGGUGCGCGCCGAAGCAAACGUGUGGCAGGCGCGUGCCGUCGCCGAUCAGCACUCGUGGCGUCAGAAGAAAGAUGUCACCAUCGCGACACUCCAGGCUGCCAACAAUGCGUUUGCAGACCAAGUGUUUCAAGCGUGGUGGGCGCUCGCGUGGCGCCUCGUGAGCAAAUUCAGCGACGGCUACAUCACGACCGGCGAAGGCGAGGCAGAUACCAAGACUCCAGGGUACCCCGCUGCCUGGUUGCGCCAGACAGAAUUCUUCAACUGGCCGGGCACGACGUUUCAUCCACCGCCAGGUGAAGUCGUGACCGAAUUGGCGCCUGCUGCCCAUUCGGCAGCCGGUCGAUCGACGUGGAGCUCGCUGGCCCUUGUGGUCACGGGGGUCGCAGUCGGGAUGUGGGCCCAGAAUGCUCGUAGGAGCUUUGUCCGACGAUCUCAGUACGAGCGGCUGUUGUAAGUGCUCCAGCUCUGAGUUAUUGUAAAUGCAUCGUCUAACAGCUUCUUGUUACGGCGUCAUGUGUAAAACUCUAAAUGAAAUGCAUCCCGAGGCCGAUCUGGGCUCGUUUCACACGGUCCUGCACGUUAGCUUUCGUCAGGCGAGCGUAAUCUCAAGAGAAUCGAGAGAUCGUCGUACCCCCUGCAACGACUUGAG